AUGACAGACAAUGCCUCUCAUAGACUUGGCCUCCACAUCAAUGGGAAGUACAGGCUUGGUAAGAAGAUAGGCUUGGACACAUUUGGUGACAUCUACCUUGGAAUUGACAUCACCUCCAGCAAAGAAGUUGCCAUUAAGCUCAAGCCCAUCAAAGCAAAGCACCCUCAGUUGGAAUAUGAGUCCAAAGUUCACAAGACUCUGGCUGGCAGUGUUGGCAUUCCAUUUGUCAGGUGGUUUGGCACAGAGUGUGACUACAAUGCAAUGGUCUUGGACUUGCUCGGUCUGUCCCUUGAGGACCUCUUCAACUUUUGCAGCCACAAGUUUAGCCUAAGACUGUGCUGUUGCUAGCUGACCAGUUGGU